AAGUGUAGCCUGCUGUCUAAUACUGAGGGACGCUGAUAUAAAAACUCUGCUGCUCACAGCUACACAGAUUCCUCCCUGCUGUCAUUGACAAAACAAAUACAGACUUUUGGAUUUUUAAGAUUCCAACAUGUGCAAAGGACUCGCAACACUCCCUGCAACGUGCUUGAAAAGUGCAAAGGACAUCAAGCACAAAAUAAGCUUCUUACUGCAGAAGCCUGAACCCCACGCAGCGGAUCAGAGAGAGAUAAAGGAGAAAAGUGCCACAGCUGCUGCAAAGAGACUGCCUGAUCCAGCCGAUUUGGAGAAAUGGAAAGAGUCUUUCAGCCAYGUGAUGAGCAACGAGGUGGGUCGAACGGUCUUCACCACCUUCCUGAAGUCAGAGUUCAGUCAGGAGAACGUGGACUUCUGGAUCGCUUGUGAGGAUUACAAGAAYACUCCACCAUCCAAGGCGGCGACCAAAGCCAAGCAGAUCUACCAACAGUUUGUUGAGGCAGAUGCUCCCAACGAGGUAAACUUGGAUGCAGUGACCAGAGAGAAAACGAGGCAGGAAGUGGAGRACGGCAGCCCGUCCUGUUUCGACGAGGCUCAGAAGAUGAUUUACAAGUUGAUGGAGAAAGACUCGUACAGGCGCUUCCUGAAAUCCAAACUGAUCCAGGAUCUGUGUCGGAAAGAGUCCGGCUGCCGCUGGGCUGACAGCAGGCCGAUGUUAGCUGGGGGGGCCUAAAACUGGAAGCAGGACCCGGAGACUCAGAGAGGAGCCAAGGAUUGAUUUACUAAAUUAGGACAAUAAGACAAAAGUUAGGAAAAUAUUGGUUUUGAUGAUGAUAAAUGAAAGUUUAUUUAAAACAAAUUUUCCCAGUAAAGACUUGCUAUUUACUUGUCGUGUUUAGUCACCAUAUAUUUAACAAAAACAAAAAAAAACAUUUCCCAUUUGUGCAAUCACAACCAGCUCUCCUGGAAUAUUCACAAUCAGAAAGGUCGAUCUUAAACAUAAGCGCAGUGACAAAAGGUGCAUUUUACUUUGAAAGGAUUCAUUCGACUGUGAAAAGAGGAAAGGAAAGUGAAGGUUUUUUUGUUUGACGACAAAAUGAAUGUUGACAUAUCUGGAGAGAAGUUUACUGCUUUGUUGCGUUAGAAACCCAACUCUAAACAAAUACUUUAUUUGCAUUAUUGCUCAAUUAUUAAGAGCGGUAACUUUAAACAGUUUUAUGGGCUCGACAGGCGAGGAGCGACAAACGACAGUGAUUGAYGGCCGUCAUCGCAACCAGGGUGAAACCCGACACACGAGACGUGAGAGCGACAGCGGCGUUGCGAAUCUUCACGAAAUUUGAUUGGUCCUUCCACUGCUUCUUGUAAAGGUGAUUGGUGGUUUUCAAAAGAAAAAAAAAAGAAUGCGGUGCAUUACGGACGUGUAAAACUAAACAAAUCUUGCGAUGCUAAUGAUGUUGUAAAACAAACACACGCCAAGAUAAGAUUUUAUGAGGAAAAAACUUACAGGAUGACCUCACCCUGGCCUCAAAAAACUUAGCAAAUGGCUACUUUUUUUUAGUAAUCACUUUGUGAAGUGUCGCAUAAGAUUGGAAAGUUUGUCAGAGCUAAAAUAAAGCUGAAAGCGUUAGCUAACUGCAGUGUGUAGCAUACUCUCCUCUCAUUGGUCAGUCAAUGAAACCCUUGCUGAUUGGUUGUUGCUCCAUGUGUCAAAAGUUGAACAUUUUUCAACUUCCGUAUGUCGCGUCACAAGCUCACAUGUGGCCUGUCUACGUGUACGAGCGCAAAAAUUUCACAAGUACGAGUUUCGCCGGUCGCUUGGCUGGAGGAGGGCGAGCGAUUGUCGCCUCAUCGCACAAUUUCCACAGGAAGUGAACCGAGAGCGACGUCGCUCCCCGUGUGUGAAGAGCCGAAAUCAAAAGUAMACAAAACAGGAAGUAAAACAAAAUAAAACAAAAGUUUUAUUGUGACGGAGCAGAGCAAAGAAAGGAAAAUGGAAAGAGUGUAAAAGGUUAAAAAAUGCUUAAUAACAUUACAGGAAGCACAGACAUGAUUAGAAAAUAAAACAAUUGCUCCAAAUUUAUGAAUCUGCUCAAUUUAAUUUUUUUUAUUUCGGCCCCUAAAAAAACCUGUUAUGUUUACACAACCUGAUAUCUAACUCUCCUCACUGAGGACACUUUAAACCAAACAAAAUGUUCUCUAAUUAGCUUUUAUUUACAAACUUAUUGCACAUUUAAAAAAGUUUUUUUAAUGUUUUUAAACUUUGAACGACAAUCAGUUAGCGAAGCUUCUUGUUUUAACACUAACACUAGAUUCAUAACAUUUUAUAUGAAGCAUCAGUUAAAUACAUUGUUUAGAAACAUUUAUUUUACCUUUACAUUGUCUUUUUAAAGCUUAACAGUUGAUCAAAUUUAUAUAAGGAUUUUAACAUCAACAUUUAAACCAGUUAACAUGAAAAUCACCUGGAAACACGAUACUUGUUUAGAAUAAUAUGAUAYGUUGGACACAGCUGGCAGACCAAUCAGUAUUAAAUACAUUUAUGUAUAAGAACUUAUGUAAAAAUUAUAAACAAUAUUCAUUAGCUUUAGCAUAAUUUCUGGCAGGAUUGUUCAAAUGUGUUUUUUURUUUUAUUUUCUUCACACAAACACUGCUUAUGACACAUUUCUACAGAAGCUGAUGCAUGCUGCUGAUUUAAUUGUAUCAUUUUUGUAAAAUUUAACAGUAACAACAGAUUUUAGUGUGAUAUCGUCUCAACCAACACUGUGAAAAUGGUGACUUUGUGAAAAAACACGGAGCGUGCUUUAAUAUCAGUAGUAGUGGUUUUAUUGUUAGCAUGUCUAAAUAUAAACAAAUAAGUUGUGACUCCUUUAAAAAAACAAAACUCUGAUGCAUUUCUUUGUAAGUAAUGCUGCUUUGUUCACAUUUUUACUGAUAAACGUAAUGUGCUAAAGUUUCAAAGCGUUAUUGUAGUUUUGCAUCAUUAGGUGUUUAAUCAAAAAUGUAUAAUGUGAUGAAUUCAAAGAGCAUAAUUGUACCUGUAGAUAUUUAUACAAUAAUUGCUUUUGUCUUAUUUAUGUCAUGUCUGUGACUACAGAUUAAUAAAGUUGGGAAAUAAAA